AGACGAGUGGUCUGAGGCAGAGAUUGAGGCAGACGAGUGGAUCGAUUGAGACAGAGACUAAGACGAGUGGAUCGGAGGGCUUCGAUCGACUUCAACAGAGAGACAGGGUCUUCAACUGAGAGAGAGAGGUCUUCGCAAGAGUAUAUUGCUUGGAGUUGCUUUGCUGGAAAAUGGGUGCAGAACUAGAAACAAGAAAGCCUCAUGUAGUAUGCGUUCCAUACCCAUCACAAGGCCAUGUAACACCUUUGAUGCUACUAGCCCAGCUUCUCUAUUCGAGAGGCUUCCAUGUCACCUUUGUCAACACUGAGUUCAACCACAGGCGUUUGGUUAGGUCCAAAGGCCCAGACUCGGACUCCGUCAAGGGCCUGCCGGGGUUCCGGUUUGAGACCAUCCCAGAUGGACUUCCACCAUCAGACCGUGACGCCACCCAAGACGUCCCAGCCCUGUGUGAUUCCGUCCGGAAGAACUGUUUGGUUCCUUUCAUAGACCUAUUGCAUAGGCUAAAUUCCACGUCCGAAGUGCCUCGUGUUUCAUGUAUAGUCUCGGAUGGAGUGAUGAGUUUUGCUAUAGAAGCUGCUAAAGAAAUGGGGAUUCCAGAGGUUCAGUUCUGGACUGCUUCGGCUUGUUCCUUCAUGGGGUACCUCCAUUACCGUGAACUCAUCAGAAGAGGCAUUUUUCCUUUCAAAGAUGAGAACUUCAUGAGUGAUGGUACUCUUGAUACUCCUAUUGAUUGGAUACCGGGCAUGAGAAAUAUACGGCUCAAGGACCUCCCAAGCCAUCUUAGAACCACUAACCCUAACGCAAUCAUGUUUGACUUCAUGGGAGAGGAAGCACAGAACUGCUUAAAAGCUCCAGCAAUCAUCUUCAACACUUUUGAUGCAUUCGAACAGGAAGUGCUAGAGGCAAUUGUUUCCAAAUUCCCUCGCAUUUAUACCAUCGGACCACUUCCCUUGCUAUGCAAGCACGUGAAUGAUAGCCAAGUCAAUUCACUCAAUUCCAGCUUAUGGAAGGAGGACUCAAGAUGCCUUGAAUGGCUAGACCAAAGAGAGCAUGACUCAGUCGUGUAUGUGAACUAUGGAAGCGUUACGGUGAUGACCGGGGAACACUUGAGAGAAUUUGCUUGGGGGCUUGCGAACAGCAAGCACCCAUUUUUAUGGGUUGUUAGACCUGACAUUGUGAUGGGUGAUUCAGCAAUGUUACUUGAGGAGUUUUUGGAGGAGACGAAGGAUAGGGGAUUGCUAGUGAGUUGGUGCUCUCAAGCCCAAGUGUUGGCACACCCAUCUGUUGGUGCCUUUUUAACACAUUGUGGGUGGAACUCUAUGAUGGAGACCGUAUGUGAAGGUGUGCCUGUGAUAUGUUGGCCUUUCUUUGCUGACCAACAAGCGAAUUGCCGAUAUGCAUGCAUCCACUGGGGGAUUGGAAUGGAGAUUGAUCAUGAUGUGAAGCGCGGAGAAGUUGAAGCACUUGUUAGGGAAAUGAUGGAAGGGGAUGAAGGGAAGGAAAUGAGGAGAAGAGCUAAGGAAUGGAAGAAGAAAGCAGAAGAAGCUACUGAUGUUGGGGGAUCAUCUUUCAAUGGCUUUGAUAGAUUCAUUAAAGAGGCUCUUCUUGCAUAGGUUAAGUAUCAAGCUGUUAGUUUUAGAAAUUACGGUUUGAUUCAUAAUCCUCAUUGUGAUGAAAUGCAUCUUGCUAGAAAUUAGGAUAGCUCAAAAUACUAUUGAGUGUAAAGGUAUAUUUGAUUCAACUUGUUGGUGUUAUAGUAUUGGCGUAAUAGUAUUAAAUGUGUUGUGUUGUAAUGCCUUGGAAUUUAUUUUGUCAUUAUUUAAGUAUCAAAUUUGUAGUUUUAGUGUCA